GAAAUUAUAGCCAGCUCCAGAUUCUUCCAUGUUCCAUCAAGCAGCCCUUGACGCCUGCGAAGCAGUACUCUAUAUUCUUCCCCAGGUUACUUUUCCUUUGUGAAUUGCCUAGUUCACGACAGCAAUGAGUAAACACGUCGUACGCCACCGGCAAUCUGUUAUACAUCGAGAGAAGAACAUCGUCCGACUCCAAAGAACUUGAAAUUAGCUACAUAUAAAACAUCAUAGAAUAAAAAUUGGACUCGCACGUAUAAGUAGUUGUAGUUUUUUGUUUUUCUUGACUGCUCACCCAAAAUUCACAAAAAGAGAGGUGUGGUUGGGUUUUUUUUUUUUUGCGAGAGGUGUAGUUGUUGAUGAUAAUAAAAGUCAUAUCGCGAUACGGCAUCUUAUAAAGUUCGAUCUGCAAAAAUAUAAUACCUUAAAUUAUAUAAAGCUACUAUUAAAAUUUAAAAGCUAUGUCCUUUUUCCGCUUUCAAAGCCAAUCGGCCCAAAUCCAAUUCCCCACUUGAUUCUACAGCAAUUGGGUGUUUUACAAAAAUUUGGUGGUUAGUUUUUCUGUUUCUAAAGAGAAUUUGGGAUCGGGAUGUGAGAAGCGGUGAGGGAGAGGGAGAAAGACAUCGAUGGCACGGGACAUGGAGGUGGUGCCCGCGGACCCCGGUGCCGCGGUGGUUCCGAAGAAGAAGAGCCAGAUGCUGGCUCGGAGCUGGAUACUGUUGGACUGUACGGGGGAACGGACCGUCCUGGACGUCGACAAGUACGCCAUCAUGCACCGCGUCCACAUCCAUGCUCGCGAUCUCCGAAUCCUCGACCCCUUGUUGUCCUACCCCUCCGCCAUCCUCGGCCGCGACAGGGCCAUCGUUCUCAACUUGGAGCAUAUCAAGGCAAUUAUCACUGCUGAAGAGGUAUUACUUCGGGAUCCAACGGAUGAAAAUGUUGUCCCUGUUGUUGAGGAACUUCAAAGGCGUUUACCUCCUGUCAAUGCCAUUCGCCAAGGUCAACCUAACGGAAAAGAGUACCCAGGUGGGCAAAAUGAUGUCGAGGCCAGUGAAGAAGAUGAGUCUCCAUUUGAGUUCCGGGCCCUGGAGGUAGCUUUGGAAGCUAUUUGUAGUUUCCUUGCCGCCCGUACAACAGAAUUGGAGAGUGCUGCAUAUCCUGCACUUGAUGAGCUGACCUCUAAGAUUAGUAGCCGUAACUUGGACAGGGUUCGCAAAUUAAAGAGUUCAAUGACCAGGUUGACUGCUCGGGUCCAAAAGGUUAGAGAUGAACUUGAACAACUACUCGAUGAUGAUGAUGAUAUGGCUGACCUUUACUUGUCGAGAAAGUUGGCUGGUGCAUCUUCACCAGUUAGUGGCUCUGGUGCUGCCAGUUGGUUUCCUGUCUCCCCAACCAUUGGCUCAAAGAUAUCCAGAGCAAGUAGAGCAAGUAUGGCCACAGUCCGGGGAGAUGAGAAUGAUGUUGAGGAGCUUGAAAUGUUACUGGAGGCUUACUUUAUGCAAAUUGAUGGCACAUUGAACAAAUUAACCACGUUGAAAAAACCAUGAAGGGCAGAUGCUAGUAAUCAGUGACUGGUGAGUAAUUUUUUAAUUGACUAGUGGGGAGAUAAGUUGGAACUCCGUUUUUGUUUCUGGAACUAGUCUGUUGUUAGUUUGCUGAACAAAUUGUUAGUUUGUGAGUUUGAAAGUUCUUUCUUUUUAUAAGCAGAAGUAUCUUGACAUUAUCAGUAUAAUGGCCUGGGGCUAUACAUGCAUAGAUGGAGAAUUCUUUUCAGGGUUCUCUUAGGUCUUCUAUACAUGGGUCUAUAUCAGUAUCUAUAUUUUACAUAUGCAUGUAUUUAUGUAUGUACAUAUAUGUAUAGAAAGGUUUAAAUAUAAAAGAAAGUAGUGGAGAUAAGGUGUUUGCUGCAAGUUUCUGGGAAACUAUAAUAAAUUUAAGGCAAUGGGGGUAAUAAACCAGGUUUAGAAAAUUAGAAAAUGUAAUCACAACGUGACGGACCUAUAUUGCUUGGCUAUUAUGAACAGUUUGCUCGUGGAUUUCAUGACCAUUUCCAGUCUCUAGGUAAGCAUUUAUUGUUUAGUACAGUAAUGUGCUUGUUCCUUUUAAACAUUCACUGAAAUUCUGGUGCUAAAUGUCAUUUGCAAUUUUGCAUAGCCUGGACAUUGUCGGCAAAGACCAGAAUAAAAUAACCCCCUUUGGAAAGGCAGGCCUAAUGAUAAGUUGAACUAAAACAAGGACGCCUUUUUGUGAUCUGUGUUGCUCAUUCUUCCUCAUACAUGAUUCUGUUUGUUCAGUUCAAAAAACUCCUGCUAUAUGUUUAAGUUUAAAAAAGUAGCUAAUCUUUUUGAAGUUUGAUAAUUCUUUUAUCGUACUUAAUAACU